AUGAGUCCCGGCCCCGAUACGCCGGGGGCGGGAGCGGGACCGGUACAGAGUCCCGCCCCAGUGGGUGACGAUGGGGCCGGCGUCAAACGGGAUGCCGAGGCGGCCAACGUGGUGGGUUCUCCGGCUGCGGGGGACGACGGCAGUGCACGGAAGAAGAAGAAGACGGGGCCGGGGAGUCGUGGGGUUGCCAAUCUGACCCCUGAGCAGUUGGCCAAGAAGAGAGCUAAUGAUCGAGAGGCUCAGCGUGCCAUCCGUGAGCGUACAAAGAAUCAGAUUGAGACGCUCGAGCGCCGCAUCCAGGAGCUCACAAACCAGCAGCCCUAUCAGGAACUCCAGGCCGUCCUCCGCGCAAAGGAGGUUGUCGAGCAGGAGAAUGCCGAUAUCAAGCGUCGUCUGGCUGGCAUAGUCGCCAUGCUGCAGCCGCUCAUCGGCCAGGGCGCUGUUGAGCAGGCUUACAUAUCCCCUGCUCAGACCUAUGCCCCUCCGGCACAUCAUCAACCUCCCUUAAGCGUUCUCAGCAACCACAACAAUACCAACACAAACGCUGCUUCGACACCCGGCAGUGCCGCCUCUCCUCCAAGUCAUGAGCCGCCUCCUGGCCAGAGUCAUUCCCAGCACUGGCACCCUCAUCAGCCGCCACAUCAUCACCCUACUGGCACUCCCACCAGCGAAUCUCACGCUACCAGCCAGCUGAACCAACAACGACAUGAGCUCCGGCACGGGCUUGAGCUUGGCCCUGAGCGUCUGGGGCUGGACUUUCUCCUCGACCCGGCGCAACGAGUGAAUCGUAUCCAGAACGGCAUCAACGGCGCCCAAGACACGCCUCAGUAUCAUCACGUGCCUAUGAAGCACGACUGGACAGGCGUCUCGCAGGAGCGCGCCCUGCACAGCAGGUCUACAAGCUGGGGCUCGCAGGGGAGGCCGGGGCAGCCCCAGCAGGAGCAGCAAUAUCAGGGUCAGCACCCGCAUGCCCUCUCGGCCGCCCAUACCCCUGAAAGUACUCAUAGUCCUGGUUAUAGUCCUGCCAUGAGCUCUGCCGCGGGCCACGCCCCUCCCCGGAGCGACCCCAGCCUCGUCGACUGCUCGGCCCCCAUCAAGAACUGCGCGCCGACGUGCCCUCUUGACUCCCUCCUCCUCGACUUUCUCAGCGAGCGCCGCCAGCGUGCCGCCGACGGUCUUCCCGUCCAAGACGUCGUUGGCCCUCGCUAUCCGUCCGUCUCUUCUCUCCUCAACCCCUCCAACAGCGUCUACAGCCACCCGCUGUCUAAAGUCUUUACCGAUAUACUCGCUACUUUUCCCGACAUCUCUACGCUACCCGAGCGCGUCGCGGUCCUCUACAUAAUGUUUCUUGUCAUGCGCUGGCAAAUCUCCCCUACUCAGGAGAACUACGACCGCCUCCCAGAGUGGAUGACACCCCGUCCCUCGCAGCUCACAGUCCCCCAUGCUGCUUGGCUCGAUCACAUCCCCUUCCCCAAGAUGCGGGACCGCCUCGUGCGCGACCACAACCCCCUCCUGUACCCCUUUGACAACUUCUUCAUCCCCUUCACGACGACGCUGUCGCUCUCCUGGCCCUACGAGGACACCGAUACGCUGCUCCAGAGCCCCGACGGCGACGAGCUCAUGAUCAACCCCGUCUUUGAGCGGCAUCUGCGGAACCUGGACAACUGGAAGCUGGGGGACGCUUUUGCCAAGGCGUUCCCCACCCUCGUGGGCUCGUUCAACCUGAGCUCACAGUCCCCAGCGCGGCCUUCUUCAUCAGGCAGCCGCUAG